AUGGAGAGUCUGGGUGAGUCUGGACAGACGCUUCCUCCUUCACACUCUCUGUCCAGUCUGGUGCUGGCUCUACUAGGCCUGCUGGGCUCGGUCCACGGUUGUCCCAGCGUCUGCACCUGCUAUGGUAACACCACUGACUGCUCCGCUCUCGGCCUCCUCUCUCUGACACCCAUCCUGGCGCUUCUGGACCAGGACUCUCUUGUCCUGCGCCUACCCCAGAACAACCUCUCAUCUCUGGGCAAGACGGAGCUGUCCAACCUCAGCAGCCUGGAGCUCCUGGAUCUUUCCCAGAACCACCUUUCCACCCUGCAGCCUGGAGCUUUCUCAGGCUUGAGCGGCCUUCGUUGGCUCAACCUCUCCGCUAACUACCUCGGGGUACGCCUGGCGACGUUUGACCCCAACAACAGCACAGAGGCCAUCCAGGGCUUCAAUGGAAGUCAGGGGAGCGUUGGCUUGAGCAAAGAGGUUUUCAGGGGGCUGUUGUGGCUGCAGGGGCUCGACCUGUCCUCCAAUGGCCUCCUUUGGCUGCCUAAAGGCCUCCUGGAUGGGCUUCAGAGAGUCACCUGGCUGUCCCUGGCCAGCAACCGGCUCGCGGCUCUAGACAGAGUCACCUUCGAGCCCCUGGUGGGGCUGCGGCAGCUCCAGCUGGCGGGAAACCCCUGGGAGUGCGACUGCAAGCUGAGGGACUUCAAGCACUGGAUGGAGUGGUUGAUUUACCGGGAUGGGCAGGUAGAUGCGAUGCAGUGCAGUCUCCCGGUGGAUUUGAAAGGCAGGGACAUCCGCAGCGUGCCGGCAGAGAUGUUCAGCUACUGCCUGCAGAGUCCGACCAAGGAGGGCGCGUCGGGUUACGUCACCCGGCCUCCCUGUCCGCCCGGCCGGGUCAGCGGCAAUGACGAGUGUGUUCGCCAACGUUACCGGCCCGUAAGCGUCCGCCGGGCACACGGCACGCAGAUUGUGGCAGGUGUGGUUUGCGGUACGGUGUGCGUCAUGAUGGUGGUCGCGGCGACUUAUGGCUGCGUCUAUGCCUCGCUGAUGGCGCGGUACCAGAAAGAGAUGAAGAGCCGCGGGCAGCCUCUGAUGGCCGAGUCCGGAGCCGAGACCGACCUGGAGGACGGACCGAUGUCAUCCCCGAACUCGCCGGAGGAGACGCAGCCCAAGGAGCCGUGUGGCAUCGUGCACGGGUAUCGGAUCAGCAGCUUCUGACGCGGCGUUCUCAACUGAGUCUCGAUCCUCCCUGGACGUUCUGGCUGCUUCUGCUCUUCAGCUCUCGUCACUGAUGAGACGACACGUGGAGAGGGAAACCCCGCAGCUCUGCAAUCAUGCUGAAAACCUCUGGGCGGGACUGAUUGUACGGCUAAUGGAGCGGACUAGAUUAAAUGAAACUGGAAUGCUGCAGCACUUCUUUUAAUGUAUGGAUGCUCUGUGAAUUGUAAUUCCCCAUGCUGCAUCUCUCUCGGCCAGCUUUGAAACUCCUGUUAAAGCUGCUGUUUGGCACUUCUGCACCUUGACUUCCCUUCAUCUGUGUUUUUUUUUGUUUCUUCUCUAGAAAUAUGAAACUACCUUUUAUGUCCGAGCCCGA